ACCACAGCCUCUAUCAAGCAAGCAGCCUCUCAGGUGGCCGAGGACUUGCUCACAUUCUACCAUGGGGACGAACCCGGCAACGUACCCGGCAUUCUCCCCGGCCCACCACCUGACGGGCCCUACUACUGGUGGAUCGGAGGUGCCCUUUGGGGGACCCUUCUCGACUAUCGUCUGUAUACAGGUGACACGAAAUACGAUGACAUUAUCAUGGAGGCCAUGACACACCAAGUAGGCGAUGACAAGGACUUCAUGCCAUUAAAUUGGACCGCGUCCAUGGGUAACGACGACCAGGCCUUCUGGGCUUUCGCCGCCCUCAUAGCUGUCGAGUCGCGCUUCACCAACCCGCCGGAGGAUUCGGGGCUCGACUGGCUGGCCUUGGCGCAAGCUGUGUUCAACGAGCAGACCCUUCCGGAGCGGCGUGUCGCUACAGAAAACUGUAAAGACGGACUGCGGUGGCAAGUGUUCAGUUUCAAUACUGGCUGGGAUUAUGUAAACACCAUCGCCAACGCCGCGUACUUCAACAUUGGAGCCCGCCUGGCCCGCUACACUGACAACGGAACCUACGCUGAGGUGGCUGGAGAUACGUGGGACUGGUUGACAAGUCAUGGGUACAUCGAUGACCAAGGGAAUGUCUAUGACGGUGCUCAUGAGCCCAAGGACUGUAGAGACAUCAACCAGUUUCAGUUCUCGUACAAUGCUGCUGUACUCAUUCAGGGCGCCGCAUUUUUGUACAACAUGACCGAAGGCUCGGCACAAGAACUCUGGAAAUCCCGCAUCGACCUCCUACUCAACCGCACCCUUACAGCCUUCUUCCCCAACGGAACAGCCGUCGAAUUCGACUGCGAGCGCGGUAAAUCGUGUACGGUCGACAUGAAGUCCUUCAAGGGCUACCUGCAUCGCUGGCUCGCCUCGACCACCAUCCUGGCCACCUACACGGCCCCCAAGAUCCUCCCCGUGCUGCGCACCUCAACCGAGGCCGCCGUCGCCCAGUGCACAGGAGGUAACAACCAGCGUCAAUGCGGCUUCAGGUGGGAGACAGGUGUCUUUGACCCCGACGGUUUCGACCAAGCAGGGGCUGUGCAGCAGAUGGAUGUGCUUGGCGCGCUCCUGAGCUUGCUCGUCACGCCCGAUGCAGUGCCCGUUACGAAUAGUACAGGCGGCACGAGUAAGGGGGAUUCGGGCGCUGGAUCGAGUCUGCCGCAACGUACGCAAUAUAGAGAUAUCACAGCGGCGGAUCGGGCCGGGGCAGCCAUUCUAACGGUGGUGUUGUUGAUUUCGGUGGCGGUCGUAUUUGGUUGGAUGAGUUUUUGGCGAGACUAA